CUCCCGGGCUAAUUAUUAACCGCCCCUUGGCGGCUCCGAGCAACGGGGCUGCGCAUCGCGGCUCCCGCGCUCGCCAGGAACCAGCGGGCCAACAACGAUCACCGCCGCCCCGCCGCCGCCCGUCCCCCGUCCCCUCGGCACUGCCAGGGCACCCUGGCGGGGGCCGGCGGCCGCGCCGCCAUGGAGGGCGAAGCGAACGGGACCCUCCACCCGUCCUGCGGCGCCAGCGAGCCGCCCUACUCGCAGGAACUUCUCCGGAGUCUUGACCUACCAGGGAGAUUUCUCUUUGCAAUCUUGACUCUGAUGACACUAAUUGCCAAUCUGGUGUUUAUAGAGGAAGCAGUCUACAUUUACAGGAAAAUCCCCUCCUCCAAAAGAUCAAUCAUAAUUUGGAUUAACGCUGCAGCUCCAGUGAUUGCUACUACUUCAUGCAUUGGCAUGUGGAUUCCUCGCUCAACGAUGUUUACAGAUUUCACAGCAGCAGUAUUUUUUGCUGUAGUUAUCCACAAGUUCCUGCUGAUGAUGAUUAAAGAGUGUGGAGGUCAAAAGCUACUCCUCAGACGGUUUGAAAAUGGUCGCUUCAAGAUCAGCACUGGUCCCUGCUGCUGUUGCUGCCUUUGCCUCCCUCAUGUGCGCAUCACUAGGCGAACCCUCUUUUGGCUGAAGCUGGGCACCUUUCAGUUUGCUUUCUUUCGACCCGUGCUCAUGUUUUUGUCAAUAGUGCUUUGGACUAAUGGCAAUUACAGCCUUUACAAUUUGUCUCCCAAAGGAGCUGCAAUAUGGAUUAGCUGCUUCGUUGGUGUUCUCACCAUUAUUGCUCUGUGGCCAGUUGGAAUCAUGUUUCAACAAGUCAGGACUCUCCUUAUCUCUAAGAAAAUCAUCCCAAAAUUUGCUCUUUAUCAGUUUAUCCUCAUUCUGAACCACUUGCAGACAGCUAUUAUCAACAUCUUGGCCAAGCAAAGAAUUAUUCCCUGUGCUCCACCACUCUCAUCUUCAGCAAGAGGAGCAUAUAUAACUCAGCAGCUCCUCAUCAUGGAAAUGUUUCUGAUAACCCUAAUCUCAAGGGUGGUCUAUCGGAGAAGAUACGACGAACUGGAGCCUCCGGAGUGUAUGGCUGAAGAAGCUGGGGAUGACAAGCAGACUCCUAAGAUUAUCCUGAAUGGCGCAGUUAGUGAAGAUGGAUUGCCAAGGGGUUAGAAGCCCUCUGUGCUCCUGUUCUGCAGCAGUGGGAAGCUCAGCUUCAGGAGCUUGUAUGUUCUUGCACCACAAAUAGCCACUGUCCAUGUCAGAACAACUUCUGACAUAAAUGCCUGUGAGCUGUAGCACUGAAAGGACCACUAGUGGAAAGAUAACCCCGUUUAUUCUCCAAUGAUAUAUACAUGGUGUGAGUGUUUUCACACCAUGUAAUUUAGUAAGAUUUCAUACCAUGUAGUUAUAUGUUGUUAUUGAGCACUUGCUGGUAGCCAGACUGUCUCACAAUAUGGUUUUAUUUUUAUUUUUUAGCUAUUAGAAUGGCUAUGAUUUAGAGUUAAUCCAGAGUCAGUCUUGUUCAUCUCUUUUGACUUUUAAAAAUCUUAUUUCACCCUGGAUUGCUGUCAUAUGUCCAACACAGCAUUUUCCAUUGCUUCCUCCAUUAAAAUUUAUCAGCUCUCACUCUAUGCCAUGAGCUCACCGUAGCUAAUUCUGAUCAGUAGAUACAUUUGCAUAUGUUUGUUCUGAAAUCCCCAGACCUGUCUGGGCUCUUCACCUACAGAAAUUAUGAUCUCUUUAGGGCAAGACUUCUUACAUUCCUUGGCAAAUCACCUCCUAACUUGGUAAAUGCACAGUUGCUGUUUGUAAAUAGGUCACUGGCAGAUGUUCUUCCUAGAGAUGGCAGAUUCUCUGUCACUGGCCUGGAAAAAGAAAGCAGGAGUUAGCGUCUGAGAUAUCUUCUGCCACUGAUCUGUGAUGAUACAUGGUGCUUUGGUUGUCUGCUUGGCAAAUGGCAAUAGUGAUACUCAGGAUCCUUGUGCUGUGGGGAUAAGAGCAAUUGAAGGAAUAUUGGGGGUGCUGGUCUACAGCUGGCUGAAUAUGAGCCAGCAGUGUGCCCAGGCGGCCAAGGCGGCCAACAGCAUCCUGGCUUGUAUCAGACAUAGUGUGGCCAGCAGGACUAGGGAAGUGAUCGCCCCCCUGUACUUGGCACUGGUGAGGCCGCACCUUGAGUGCUGUGUUCGGUUUUGGGCCCCUCACUACAGGAAGGACAUUGAGGUGCUGGAGUGUGUCCAAAGAAGGGUAGCAAAGCUGUGAAGGGUCUGGAGCACAAGUCUUAUGAGGAGCAGCUGAGGAAACUGGGGUUGUUUAGCCUGGUAAAAAAAUUCUUUCUUAUAUCUAGUCUGAAUCGACCCUCUUUUAGUAUAAACCCAUUACCCCUUGUCCUAUCACUACACUCCCUGAUAAACAGUCCCUCUCCAGCUUUCCUGUAGGCCCCUUCAGGUACUGGAAGGCUGCUAUAAGAUCUCCCCGGAGCCUUCUCUCCUCCAGGCUGAACAACCCCAACUCUCUCAGCCUGUCCUCAUAGGAGAGGUGCUCCAGCCCUCUGGUCAUCUUCGUAGCCCUCCUCUGGCCUCGCUCCACCAGAUAGUGGGGAUUUAUUUUUAGUUUACAAGGAAUUUAAAAAAUGCUUUUAUUUUGGGAGUUGGUGGAAAAUGAAAUAUUCUGAAAACAGCUAGUGAACCAUCUGGAAGUAGAAAAGGUGGCUGAAUUAAACAAAAUGUUUUAUUUCUGAUUGAGGUCAGAAAUAAUAUUUUCUUUAACAAUAGAAGGAUUCUAUUAUAGUAGAAAAAGGGAAUUAUUAUUGUUUUGAAAUGCUUGAAACAAUUUUUAUAUAUAAUUUUUUGUCUAAGCAGGCAAUCUGGGUAAUUAAUAGAGAUUCUUGAACUCAUUAAUGUGAGAGAAUCUACACUUUUCCCUUGAAAAAUAAUUUAGGUGAAAAUUUUUACUCUGCAUUAGAGUGUGUCAGUAGAAUUAACUGCGAUCAGCUAACAUAUUCUUAACAUGGGAAAUCUUCUUAAUGUAUUUUCACAUCAUGGCUGUUGUUAUAUUCCUAAUGUUGCUUUAUAUCAGUGUAAUCUAGGCCACAGGUACAUUCGUAGACUUGCAGAGCAGUACUUAAUAAUGGCGUUGGGAAUGGUUGGCCAUGAGUUCAAGCAGCUUCAAAAGCAGACAAUAAAAUAUUUUGAGUUGGUAAGGAAUCUUUGUGAAUUGCUCUAGAAAGGACUUUAAUUACUAGAGCAAAUGAGACAAAUGAGCAUUGCUAGAAAAUGUUUUCUGUAGCAGUUCUGCGCGGGGCAUGCCUUGGUGGGUGGGAUCUCUGGCAUGGAAGAGCAGAUCCAUGCGCCAUAGCAUGGCCAGCGCGUUCAGAACCAGAUGGAGCGUACGGAGAAGUGGUGGUCUCUGUAGGUCCAGCAAAGGCAGCUGGUGGGGCAUGGCAAGAGCCUUCACCCAUUACUGUUGGUCUGGUUAUCCGUCAUGUCUCUGAAGGGCCUGUUAAAUACAUGUUGUAAACGUCAGUGUGGGCCUGAUUUAGCCACAGGUAUGACUAGCUGUUAUGCUUUUGGAUAGAUAUUUAAUAUUUGUUAUGAUCUUCAUCUGACAUAUUUCAGCAAUAAAAUGUACCGUGGUGAUUGUCAA